CAGUGCUGUCACGUUAUUUUUUUUUUUGAAAACUCAUUGAGAUUUUUUGCUUAAAACGUACACAUAUUUUUAAAUUAUAUUGUUGAUUAUAUGAGUCACUGGGUUGGUGACAAGCGAAAUGUAAUUGAAAUAUACAUUUAGUUGCGUCAUUUGCACCAAUGUAAAGAUAAUGAAAUGAUCGAGUGGAAGAUGUUGUAUUCGUAACGGUGAUGUGAAAUAGAUUCAAAUAAUAUAAUUAACUAGCUGUGCUUGUGACUUUGUCCGUGUGGAAUAGCUAUUUUGGGCAUCAUUGAAGCCCUCAAGGAUGAUUUUCCCCCGUUGUUUACAUUUUUCAUUAUUUCUUCGCUCCUAAUAGUUGCAGCGUGAUGUGAUGUAGCCUAAAGCCUUCUCCGAUAAAUGGUCUGUUCAACGCAAAAAGAAUUUGUCAAUUCGAACCUGCGCUUUCUGAGAUUAGCGCGUUCAAACAAACAAACUCUUCAAGCUUUAUAAUAUUAGUACGUACAUACAUAAAAUCACGCCUCUUUCCCGGAGGGGUAGGCAGAGGCUACCUCUUUCCAAUAUUAGUAUACAUUAAUUACGAAGUUUAACCUACCUACCUAAUAUGAAGCUCUCCGAAGAUCAAACAUUGCAAUUUGUCAAACUAUACAAACGCCACGAGUGUUUAUACGACACGUCUCACCCGCACUACAAGUUCAGACAUGCCAGGGAGGCGGCCAUGCGGGAAAUGAUACAGGAAUUCGGCAUCCCCGGCAUAAGAGUGGACGACGUGAAGAAGAAGAUAAAGAGUCUGCGGUCGACGUAUUUCCUGGAAAUGGAGAAGAUACAGAAGUAUAAGAAUAUGGGAACGAAUUAUAAAUCCAAGUUGAAAUGGUAUAAUGAAAUGAGCACGGUUCUGGAGAAGCAUUCGAGGAGGUCAACUGGAGUUCAUGAAGACACCUCCGCGUUGGAAUAUGAUAUUGAAAUAGAUCCUUCCACAUCGGAGGACAUGACCGAUAUGGAUCCUCUGAACACAUUAAAAGACACACAAAUAAAAGAAGAAAGAGCAGAGCAAAUCCGUAUUCCCAAGAAAACGAACGUAGCAACCCUGUUGCGCGAUUUGAAAAAAGAAUUGCGAAAUUCAAACGACGUUCGAAAUAUGAACAAUGAAUUCGAUAUCUAUGGCAGAUAUGUAGCGGCCAGUUUGAAGAAACUGUCUUGCCAGCAAGCGAUAUACGCUCAGAAUCAAAUAAAUAAUAUACUGACUACGGCAAAAAUGCAGGAUUUGUUGUGUACGCAAACAAUGAAGUCGGUUUCCGAGAGCGGUGACAACGUAGAGGAAUACCUUGACACUGACUAAGUGUAAAAAACACUUAACUGAAAACGGCAUCGAAAUCGGUUCAGCGAAACGCGAGAUAAUCGCGGAUAAAUA